ACAUUAAAUAUCAUUAAAUCUUGUUUGAACAUGCUUGAAGUAUCUUCCAACUCUGCAGAUGCUAAGAAAAUCGAAGGGAAAUGUGCACCUCAUCUCAAACUGCAAGCAGACAGCGAUUUGCCAACCAGCUACCAUCUCAGAUACGUUUUCCCCCAGAGGCAUAUCUCUUGGCUCCAACUUCAGCUGACAACGGGAACGGUGUAGACAAUGGCAGCUGCCCGAACUCGACGAUGUCAUGUCCUCUCAGUGUUGCUGAUGGCGAUUGCUCUUUAUUCACCUGCAUUUCUGCAGGGCAUGUUGAGACCCAAAAACAAAACAAGGAUGGCGGCCACCGAACCAAGUCCCGCCUAUUGGGGGGAUAAACCCGACCAUCUCAUCCUGGACAGUGGUUGUACUGAGCUCAUGCAGGCAGCCUACCUCGGAGACACGGCAAAGGUGAAGGAGCUCGUUGAGAAAGGUGCUGAUAUCGAUGCUGAGGACGCCUAUGGCUGGACGGCGGUUCGAUACGCUGUGAGGAACAGGCAGCUGGACAGUGUGAAGGCCCUCUUGGACCUUGGAGCCGAUGUGAAUCGACCCUCGAAGACGGGUCGAACGCCCUUGAUGUCAGCGGCAGGAAACGGCUUGGAGGAGAUGUGCGCGCUGCUGGUGGAGCAAGGCGACGCUGACAUUAUGGCUCAAGAUGAUGGUGGCAAAACUGCUUAUGACCUGGCCAUGAGAGGGGGUCCCUUCGGCAGCGACAAGAUUCGGGACCUGGUUGCAGGAGGGCAAACUCCUGGCGCAGGGGAUGAGGGAUGGCAGCGAAACAAAGGCUCAUGAGAAGAUGGCCAUGAGUCCCAGGGCGAAGAUUGCGAAGCCAGCUGAUUCAUCUACAUCUUGGAGUGCUUUUGGCAGAAAAUGC